AUGGCUGAUCGAGGUGGAUUCCGUGGAGGAUUUGGUAGCGGCGAUCGUGGCGGACGCGGCGGAGCCGCUGGAGGCCGUGGAGGUGGCCCCGGAGGUGACCGUGGAGGCCGCGGUGGACGUGGCGGACGCGGAGGCCGUGGUGGCCGUGGACGUGGUGGCGGCCGCGGAGGCAAGGACGAGAAGGAAUGGGUGCCCGUCACCAAGCUCGGCCGUCUCGUCAAGGACCGCAAGAUCACCACCCUCGAAGAGAUCUAUCUCCAUUCCCUGCCGAUCAAGGAGUUCGAGAUCAUUGAUGCCCUGUGCCCCAGCCUCAAGGAUGAAGUGCUGAAGAUUAUGCCUGUCCAGAAGCAGACUCGUGCCGGUCAGCGCACCCGCUUCAAGGCGUUCGUCGCAAUUGGAGACCAGAAGGGCCACGUUGGACUCGGAGUCAAGUGCUCGAAGGAAGUCGCCACCGCCAUCCGCGGAGCCAUCAUUGCCGCCAAGCUCGCCGUCAUCCCUGUACGACGAGGCUACUGGGGCAACAAGCUCGGAACCCCCCAUACCGUCCCCUGCAAAGUCACCGGCAAGUGCGGCUCCGUCCUUGUCCGACUCGUCCCUGCCCCCCGUGGAACCGGCAUCGUUUCCGCGCCCGUCCCCAAGAAGCUCCUCCAAAUGGCCGGUGUUGACGAUUGCUACACCUGCGCCACCGGAACGACGGCCACCCUGGGCAACUUCGCGAAAGCCACCUACUACGCCAUCCAAAGGACGUACUCCUACCUUACCCCCGACCUCUGGAAGGAGCAGGAACUGGACAAGACGCCCUACCAACGAUUCCAUGAUUUCUUGGCUAAGAAU